AUUGUUGAAAUGGUUACAAUGAAUUUUUAAUACUGAAAUUCCUUGACCUCUGCAGGCCGUGCUUGGCACGUGUAUUAUCGAGGUUAUCGAGGCUGUACCAUUAAUUCUGUCCAAAUGUUGAGACUUAAUUUAGUGUUACAUAAUAACUUCAUACUCAUUGAAGAAUUCCUGUAAUUCUACAAUGUAAAAUUUAUAUAUUUUGCAAUGAACGGCAAGACGUUUGAAAAAUGGCCCAUUGCAACCGAGAGAGGAGAGAGGAGUGUAGUCCUGAUGAAAAGCCUCAGAGCUACUCAGACCAUGGAAUGGCCAGCCCCAAAGAUGGAGGAAGUGUAUAUAGCUUAUCAAGUCUUACAGCUCAUGAUGAGUGCUUCCGCUCAUUGCACCAUGCUGAGAGUAGUCUUAACAGAAUGGAAGCAUAUUUGCUCAAGAAUCAGCUCACAGAUAUUACUUUAGUAGCAGGUUCUCAUCGUAUUCCUGCACAUCGUCUUGUUUUGAGCGCUGGCUCUGAAUAUUUUGCUGCUAUGUUCAUGAGUGGUCUCCGUGAAGCAGAUCAGAGUGAGGUGGUUCUACAAGAUGUAGAUGGAGAUGCACUUUGGAUGCUUGUCCAUUACUGUUAUACAGGUUGCAUUGAGUUGCGAGAAGACACAGUGGAAAAACUCAUGAGCACAGCCUCUCUUCUGCGGCUCACUGCUGUAGUUGAUGCAUGUUGUUCAUUGCUAAUGAAGCAGCUCCACCCCUCAAAUUGUAUUGGUAUUCGACACUUUGCUGACGCUCAAGGCUGUAUGGAGCUACUCAAAGUUGCACACAAUUAUACAACUGAACAUUUUAUGGAGGUUACUCAAAACCAAGAGUUCCUGAAGUUACCAGCUGAUGAAGUGGCCAAGCUUUUGGCAUCUGAUGAUCUCAAUGUGCCUUCAGAAGAGGAAAUAUUUCAUGCUUUAAUGAUGUGGGUGAAGAAUGAUGUAGAUUAUAGAAAGAAGGAUGUAAGCCGCCUGCUUGGUCUUGUUAAGCUUCCUCUUCUUAUGCCAUCGUUUAUUGCAGAUUACAUUGAGACAGAUCCGCUAUUUCGAGAGGAUCGUGUUUGCCAAGAACUUAUUAUGGAAGCUCUGAAGUAUCAUUUGCUCCCUGAACGCCGUCCAAUGCUCCAGUCACCUCGUACUCGUCCAAGGAAGUCUACAGUUGGAGUUUUAUAUGCUGUUGGUGGAAUGGAUGCUAACAAAGGUGCAACAAACAUUGAGAAGUAUGAUCUGAGAUCUAAUACAUGGAGUCAUGCAGCCCGUAUGAGUGGGCGUCGUCUACAGUUUGGCGUAGCCGUGCUAGAUGGACGUUUAUACGUUGUAGGAGGACGUGAUGGUCUUAAAACUCUCAAUAGUGUAGAAUGUUAUGACAUAGAGAGCAAGACAUGGACCACGCUUCCACCAAUGUCUACACACAGACAUGGUUUAGGGGUUGGUGUGUUAGAAGGCCCCCUAUAUGCUGUUGGUGGUCAUGAUGGUUGGAGUUACUUGAACACUGUUGAACGUUGGGACCCCCAGGCUCGACAGUGGAGCUAUGUGGCACCCAUGUCAACUGCGCGGUCUAGCGUAGGUGUGGCUGUGCUCAAUAGCAAGUUGUAUGCAGUAGGUGGACGUGAUGGUGGUUCCUGUCUUAGAACUGUGGAGUGCUAUGAUCCUCACACCAACAAAUGGCUACCAUGUGCACCACUGGCCAAUCAGAGAGGUGGUGUUGGUGUUGGAGUAGUCAAUGGUUAUUUAUAUGCGUUGGGAGGCCAUGAUGCACCAGCUUCAAAUCCUUUGGCAUCACGUUUUGACUCUGUUGAAAGAUAUGAUCCUAAAACAGACACAUGGACACAGGUUGCCUCGAUGAGUGUAAGAAGGGAUGCCAUUGGUGUAUGUCUUCUUGGGGAUCGCUUGAUUGCUGUUGGAGGUUAUGAUGGUCAACAGUAUCUGAAGCUAGUUGAAGCAUAUGAUGCUCAGAGCAAUGAAUGGCAGGAAAUAGCUCCACUUAAUACAGGAAGAGCUGGAGCAUGUAUUGUUGUAAUCAAGAAUCCACAGCCUUGAUCAUCCCAGUUCAAGGUCUGCAGUGGAGCAUACAUCAUUGUGACUACAGAACCUGCAGCAGUAUGCUUACACCAUAUCAGUUAUAAGUUAAUAAGAUACUGUAUUUUUAUGCCCUUCUUCCACAGGCAACUAUAUAUUCCAUUAAUGAGAUUUUAUUACUUAUUAAAAUGUGAUAAAAUGUGGGAGGGAGGUUUGUGGUACCUCUCUUCAGUCAUGUUUAACCCCCACAUGCAUUUAGCAAAUCACACAUGUCAGUACUAAAUUAAAUGCAAAAGUUUAAUAUGGAUUCCUGUAUUUGAAAUAGUUUGGUGGCUUUCAAACUGUCUGUAAAAAUGAGUGAAAAUUAUUUAUUUGCUUCAAGGGUCAAUAUUCUGAAAACACUUCUAACUGUAGGCUUGUAGUCAAGAGUGUUAAAUUAGGGAAUUUGCUGCAGAUUUCAUUCCAGAGUGCUUUUUCAGUGAAGCUCUCAUUGUCCAGUAUCUGUCAUUCCUGAAGUUCCCUAAUUUUUUACAUUUGUGGUUAUAUUUGAUGAAAAUACGGCACCAUUAUAGUGUGUAUCAUGGAGUUUAUACAGAAAAUAAUGUUUAUUUCUUGUUUCAAAAUAUUUAGUUUGUACAAUGAUUUUAAAUCAGGAAUAAGUUUUUAUUUUCUAUUACUUUCAAUUUCCUAUUGAUUUCUAGUAGACAUGUGUAUAUGCUGAUCUGUCAAAAUCUGAAUUGAUUUCCAUCACUAAUUUUGUUGUUGUUGAUUCAGUUCAUUUGUUACUUGUUGCAUAUCUUCUAGUAAUGACCUUGUUGCAGAAUAUUAGGUCAAGUUAGUUAACCACCUGCAUUUGAUAUAAAACUAUUUCAGAUCAGAAUAUAUUUAUUCUUUCAGUUUUAUAGACACAGUGAUGAUUACACAAGUGUUUAAGUAUAUGUGUCAGUAAUCAGGUACCUACUUUUCUCUGGCUUUUAAUAUAUUGAGAGCAGUGUUAUUUUCUAAGGGCACACAGUAGCAUAGUUGGUUGAAGCACUCUGUUACAAGCCAGAAGGUCGUAGGUUCAAUUCCCAAUGA